UGUUGUCCCGCAACAACGUAGUAUGCAGUUUCCUCGAGCUGUAUGGGGGUUUUAUCGUCGAUGGAUUUCCAACGGAUACGUUGAAAAAUAUCGUCUUUCUCUUUUGCACCGGGCACCGUGGUUUAAGACGACACGUGACGAGAGAACAUGGCUGCGAAGGUAAAACAUUACGACCCGUUCAGCUCGGCGAGUUCAGAGAGCGAGGAUGAAGAAAUUUAUUCGGACGAUUGUGAAUGUCUCGUCGACGAAAUUUGCGACGAAGCGACACCCACGUCCCAAUCGCCAAGACCACCUUCCACUGAUUUGCAAAAAUCACCACGCUCGAGAAGGCAACGUACUACAAGUAUGACGCAAUCUAGUAAAAAGACAUCCGCGGAAUCUAUCAUUAGAAGUAAGAGAGGAACCAUAUAUACGGCUGGUAGACCGCCUUGGUAUAAUUCCGCGGGACAGCAGGUAGAACCUUUCGUAAUUGGAAUAUGCGGAGGUAGUGCUUCGGGAAAAACUACAGUGGCUACAAAAAUAAUAGAAUCGUUGAGCGUACAAUGGGUUACUCUCCUCAGUAUGGAUUCGUUUUACAAAGUAUUAAAUGAAAAACAGCAUGAAAUGGCGGCACGCAACGAAUAUAAUUUCGAUCAUCCGGAUGCGUUCGAUAUAGAACUUCUUAAGACUACGUUGCAACGAUUAAAAGAGGGAAGAAUGGUGGAAGUUCCUAUUUAUAAUUUUGUAACGCAUCGUAGAGAGAGUAGGACUAAAACAAUGUAUGGCGCCAAUGUCAUUAUAUUUGAGGGAAUAUUUACCUUUUAUAAUGUGGACGUAUUGAAGAUGUGCGAUAUGAAGAUAUUCGUUGAUACCGAUGCCGACGUACGACUUGCACGAAGAUUACGUAGAGAUAUAUCGCAAAGAGGAAGGGACCUGGAAGGUGUCUUGAAACAAUAUUGUACUAUGGUACAACCUGCCUUUUAUUAUUACAUAGCACCGCUUAUGGUCCAUGCCGAUAUUAUUGUACCUCGCGGCGGAGAAAAUGAAGUUGCUAUAGAACUUAUUGUACAACAUGUGCAUACGCAAUUGCAAUUGAGAGGAUUUAAGCUUAGAGAACAAUUAGCCCAUUCUUACAUAGGUCAACCAUUGCCAACGUCUUUGUAUUUACUACCUGAUACACCACAAAUUAAAGGUCUACAUACGUUUAUAAGAAACAAGGAUACCUAUAGAGAUGAAUUUAUAUUUUAUUCGAAACGUUUGAUACGCUUGGUGAUAGAGUACGCAUUGUCUCUGUUGCCAUUCGAGGAAGUCACGGUGGAGACACCACAAGGAAUACCUUAUCAAGGGAAACGUGGUGCGACAGACAAGAUCUGUGGCGUGUCUAUAUUACGAGCUGGAGAAACGAUGGAACAGGCGGUUCGAGAUGUAUGUAAAGACAUAAGGAUAGGAAAAAUUUUAAUACAAACGAAUCAACAGACUGGUGAACCUGAGCUGUAUUAUUUGCGUCUUCCGAAAGAUAUCAAGGAUUACAGAGUCAUAUUAAUGGAUGCUACGGUAGCAACCGGUGCUGCUGCUAUGAUGGCCAUUAGAAUUCUUCUCGAUCACGACGUAGCGGAAGAAAAUGUUUUACUAGUCUCUUUACUUAUGGCGGAAUCAGGUGUCCAUUCUAUCGCCUAUGCUUUUCCAAAAGUGAAAAUAGUUACUUCCGCUUUGGAUCCAGAGAUAAAUAAUAAAUUUUACGUACUACCAGGUAUCGGUAAUUUUGGUGAUAGAUAUUUCGGUACCGAGCCAUCUUCCAUAGACGAUUAACGAAUUUUAUGUUAUUAUUACAACCGAUCGUUUGUAAUCUUACUGGUUUCUUGCCUCUGUUAUUGUGAUAGCGCGUACAAUCAUUUCUCUCGUACAACUUAUUAUUUAAGUUUUCAAUUUCUCCCCUGUUCGGAGAGUUGUACAGUUACAGUGAUUUCUUAAUCAUCUCCUUGUUACGUGAUUUCUUUGUCGAAGAUAAGUUUGUAAUAAAUUCUAAUCACAUUGGUA